GGAGGCGCCGCGGCCGAAGGUCCCGGCGCGUCCACCCGGAACCGGGGCCGGCGACCCAGGCUGGGGCGGGGCGGGGCGUCCGGCCGUGUCGCGCCCGCCUGGCUCCCGGGGCCAGGGCCGCCAAAAUGGCGGCGGCGGCGGUGACAGCGUCCCGCGCCGGGUCCGGGGGCCUGGCCGCCGCGUCGGGGGCCGACUAGCGCCUUCCCCGGCGCCGCGGCCCGCCCCCCUGGGCGCUCGCGCGCGGCCCCCACCCGGGCCCUCGGUCCGCCCUCCCGGCGCGCCCAUGAACUCCGUGUCGCCGGCCGCCGCGCAGUACCGGAGCGGGAGCCCGGAGGACGCCCGCCGCCCCGAGGGCCGCAGGCCGCGGGGCCCCCGAGUGCCCGACCCCAACGGCCUGAGGCCCUCUGGAGCCAGCGGCCCCGCUCUUGGCUCGCCCGCGGCCGCCCCCGGGGAGCCGGACGAAGUGGACAAGUUUAAGGCGAAGUUCCUGACGGCCUGGAACAACGUGAAGUACGGUUGGGCAGUCAAAAGCCGGACCAGCUUUAGCAAGAUCUCCAGCGUCCACCUCUGUGGCCGCCGCUACCGCUUCGAGGGCGAGGGUGACAUCCAGCGUUUCCAGCGGGACUUCGUGUCCCGCCUAUGGCUCACAUACCGCCGGGACUUCCCGCCCCUGGCCGGAGGCGGCCUGACCUCGGACUGUGGCUGGGGAUGCAUGCUGCGCAGUGGGCAGAUGAUGCUGGCCCAGGGCCUGCUGCUGCAUUUCCUGCCCCGAGACUGGACAUGGGCCGAGGGCACGGGCCCGGGCCCCUCUGAGCCAUCAGGGUUGGCCUCUCCCAACCGUUACCGUGGGCCUGCACGCUUGAUGCCCCCGCGCUGGGCCCAGGGCACCCCUGAGCUGGAGCAGGAACGUCGGCACCGGCAGAUAGUGUCCUGGUUCGCCGACCACCCCCAGGCCCCCUUUGGCCUACACCGGCUGGUGGAGCUUGGGCAGAGCUCAGGCAAGAAGGCGGGGGACUGGUAUGGGCCAUCUGUGGUGGCACACAUACUCAGGAAAGCCGUGGAGAGCUGCUCAGAGGUCACCCGCCUGGUGGUGUAUGUUUCUCAGGACUGCACAGUGUACAAGGCAGAUGUGGCACGCCUGGUGGCCAGGCCGGACCCCACGGCCGAGUGGAAGGCCGUGGUCAUCUUGGUGCCAGUGCGGCUGGGCGGCGAGACUCUCAACCCCGUGUAUGUGCCCUGUGUGAAGGAGCUCCUGCGUUCAGAGCUAUGCCUGGGCAUCAUGGGGGGCAAGCCACGGCAUUCGCUGUACUUCAUCGGCUAUCAGGGUAGGCCCGCCCCAUCCCGCUCCAUCCUGCCCCCCCCCCCGACCCUACCCCUCCUCAGCCCCCCUCACGCCUCCACCCCUGCAGAUGACUUCCUGCUCUACCUGGACCCCCACUACUGCCAGCCCACUGUGGAUGUCAGUCAGGCUGACUUCCCCCUGGAGUCCUUCCACUGCACCUCACCCCGAAAGAUGGCCUUCGCCAAGAUGGACCCAAGCUGUACAGUGGGGUUCUAUGCUGGAGACCAGAAGGAGUUUGAGACGCUCUGCUCAGAGCUGACCAGGGUCCUCAGCUCCUCCUCAGCCACCGAGCGCUACCCCAUGUUCACCCUCGCUGAGGGCCAUGCUCAGGACCACAGCCUGGACGACCUCUGCUCCCAGCUCUCCCAGCCAACACUGCGGCUCCCUCGCACGGGGCGGCUCCUCAGAGCCAAACGCCCAAGCUCUGAGGACUUUGUGUUUUUAUAACGGGUGGGGUUGGGGGAGAAGAUGCACACUAUUUAUUUUUUUAUUUAUGUCAUGCUGGGUGUGGGAGCUUGAAAUCUGGAGGUGAUGGGUCUUCCCGUUCUCACCUCCUUGACAAGUGCAGCUGAGACCAGUCCAGGAAACCUCAGAACUGGGGGCCAUCCAGACAGGGGCAGAGCCAGUAUGCCUCUCUCCGGCCGGCUGGGCCCUCUGCACAGGGCAGGGAGGGAGGGCUCCCAGACACCCACUCAGGGCCUGACUCAAGUACUGUAGUUUGCACUGGACCACCUGUGCCCCUCGCUGGUCCCAAAGCUCCUACCCUGCCGAAGUCUAGGGGUGGUGCGGGGAACUGUGGCCACUGGGGGCUAAUAAAGCCGUUUAACUUGA